GCGCUUCCUAUUGGUCACUUCACAAAGGCUCGGCAUUUGAAGACAGUAUUAUUCUUGUCGUUGGACUCUAGUACCUUUGAAUAAUGGCUGUACGAUGAAAUCCAAAGGCCAUUGCAAAACACUUGUUUACUUUUUAAAUGACAGCUCUACACUUCCGAAGAAAUGUCGAGUAUUGAGUGGCCGUGGCAGUACAGCUUUCCACCUUUUUUUACGAUACAACCGCAUGCAGAAACAAGAGCAAAGCAGAUACAGGCAUGGCGAUCGCUGGUCCUAGAUUAUCACCGCUCAGUCAAACAGAGCGUUCUGGAUGUCAGGGAAGCGGAACGUAGUCCCUUGUUCAAUAACACAGCUAUCAACAGACAGCUUCCGAGAGACGGGAUCCUUGCAGUCCUUGAAGAUUUGGCAAAAACUAAGAAUGCAGAGCCGCUCGACAAAUCUAAAAACAGGUGGUACGUGUACUGGCACACCCUGGAGGAGUGGGGCGACGCGGUGUACGAGUGGGCGCGGGGCGCCGGCCUGCUGAACGCCGUCUGCACGCUGUUCGAGCUGACCCAGGGAGACGACACCUCCGGCCAAGAAUUCCACGGACUUGAUAGUGAAGUAAUGGUCAAGGCUUUGACCACGUUGGCGAACAAGAACAAAGCGGAAUUGAUCAUGUUCGAUGAUAACCAAGGUGUCAAGUUUUUUUGACUGGGUGCUGAUCGUUUUGCUGGCCGCAUUGCAAUCACGCUUUUACGUUGUAAUGUGUACUGGACACACCAAGUUACAUCAUCUCUGCAGAGCUUUUGUAUGUCUGAAUGCUCUAUGUUGAGUGCGCUACGAAGAUACUAACCAUAAACUGCUCCCUCGUAACUUACUGUGAUUAAUUUAAUUAGUAGCAAGAAGAUGAAACAAUUUUUUUGCAGAUAGACUAUCAUUGAAUCAAUUUUUGUCUAGAGUGUAAUAUAAUACACUGAGAACUACAUCUAAAUAUUUUAAUUGCAGUUAAUUUUUGUUAGUGAUUAUGUUAAGUCUUCUAGUAAUAUAGCAGUGUAUUUUUAUAGUAUUUUUCUUUGCUUUUGUAGUUUGAUUUUGUAUAGCAUACAUUGCUGUUGUUAAGUGCCUGCAGUUUAUAUGAAGAUUUGUAAAUGUAUAUAACGUUGCUGAUAUUGUACAUUGCCUUUUCUUUUAGACCUAAAAUUUGUGUUGUGUGUGACAAAAAAAAUAGUAUUGUAAUUUCAUAUAUGAUUGAAGAUGUUAAUGUCAAAAGUUUGCAAUUAUUCAAAAUACAGGAUGGCUAAAAACUAGGGAAAACAUCACACAUACCACAGAUUUCUUAGUUUCAAAUUUAUAAUCAUUAAUAUGGCUGAUAUUCUGUGCAUAUCUUGUCUUUUUCAGACUUAUUUACAUUGCUUCAUUGUAAAUGUGCAAGGGUGCUUUGAAAAGGCUUGAUCAAUGAAGAUUUAAGGCUUAACUGAAUAAUGCACUGGUACAAUAUUCUUCUCUUGAAUGUUGCCAGUAGGUGUGAACGAAACUUUAAAAAAUACAAAGUCAAACAAAAUAUUUUAAUAUUUGACUUUGGCCUUGAAGCAAACAUUUUUGCUUCAGUUUUCGAAGCAUUUAAAAAAAACCUCCAAUAUUUUGCCUGAUAGUUUGUGUAGAAAAUACAAAUAACUUCUUUGGUGUAAGAAAUUUGUAUUAUUGGUCAUGAAAAAUUCCACACACUGAUUGAGAUGUAUGUAACUAAAUAAUUUUUUAUAGUGAUAGGUGAUAUGGAUAAAAACUGAUAACAAUCCAAUUACCGAUAAAUUAUUUUAAUAGAUCCGAUUACCAAUACAAAACAGAUUCAAUAAUUUUUUUUUAAAUAAUCACAGUGCAAGUCUGCAGAAAUUAAAUAUUUUUAGGAAUGUCAGUAUCUUAGUAAAAUUAUUUAUUAAAAGGAUUAUUUAUUACAAGGAUUUUUUGGUAUAUGACAAAGUAUUUUACCACAUAAAACUUUUGCAUAGCACAAUACACAUUAUGCAUUUGAUUAAUUAAGGAACACAACAUUUAACUAUAGCCUUAAAUUACAGAAAAGUUGGAGUAAAAUAUGCAUACAGUACUAUAAACAGGUAAACAAAAUAUACGAGUGACACCUGAAUGUAUGAAAUUAUUUUACUUUUUAAACUGGUAUCAGUUUUUAUAAGUAUCAGUUGGAAACGUUUAUAUUGGAAAUAUUGAUACUAAAAUGAUUACACAUCAGUACAUCACUAAUUCUUUAGCAUUUACUUUAUGUUCAGUAUUUUCAACUCACUUUUUUUGGCUUAUUGAAUAUUAUUUUAACUAAGAAGAUGCAAAUAACUUGUAAGGUAUGUGUAAUGCAUAUGUGUGUUGGAGAGGAAAAUAUAUUUUGAUUACAAAGUACAGAUGAUUCUGUGGUAUGUUAAAAAUAACCCUGUGUGUGCUGGAGUUUUGGAAAUUUUUAUCUUUGAAAAUUUUUUUGACAGUUAAUAAUGUCUUUUUUAAUAUUACAUUACAUUAUUUUAAUGUUUAUUUCUGAGGAUACAUAUUAUUUAAAGUAUGAUAGUAAAAAAAACUUGAUUCAAAAUUAUAUUUGACUUAAAAUUUGUUUGCAAUAUUUGCUUCAACUUUACUUAUCUACCCUUAGGUUCCAGCAACCAGCAUAGAUAUGCUUAUGAUAAAGUGCCCAAGGGUGUUUUUGUAGUGAGUGGUAAUACAUGCAAAUUAUUUUACUAUAAAGCACAGAAAUGGUAAAAAGAGCAGUUUUAAAAUUGUUCCUGGAAAUGAGAAUAGUAUUAGUGAAGGGAAAUCUUGUGACUGGAAUAGAGAUUAUUGUUUGCGUGAUAUAGCAAUAAACAUUAUUUCAUCCUAUAUUUUAUGCUAUUAAUUUUCAUGUUGAUGUGUGUGGCAUUAUUGAAAUAAAAACAUUUUGACAGUUA